AUGUAUUGGUUGUCGAUGUUCUGUCCAGCACUGGAGCAGGGCGAGUACACAGGCGACGGCAUCGAUGCUCUUCUCGUUGCCAUGCAGGCUGAUCACUGUAAAGAUAAAACAGAGGGCUCUUGUGCUGCGGCUGCACGGGCGCUAAAAGAAAUGGCUCCUAUUUUCGACAAAAGACGGUCUCAGGUUGUUGCGAUUUGGUUUUCGGAGUACAUUUCGACCGCGAAGAAAUUCGAGGAACUUAACCAGCGCCAGAUGAAGUACGACUACUACCGUCUCAAGUACUGGCGCUAUUUCAUCGUGUUGCUUCAAGAAAAUGCAGAGUAUGGAAGGUUGAAAGAGGUGGAGAUGUGGGUGCUCGCUUGCGAAGAAGAUCAUGAUGUGAUUGAUAUCAUGCUCAGUAUUGUGCUGAAAGCGCGGGGUCUGGUGCUUCGAAUGAGGCUACUAGAGGUGCUGAACCGCGCCGAGGGCGUUGGUAUUGACUCCGCAGUCGAUGCAAUCGGACAAAUCCAAUCACCUGGUGGGGACCGUUUUGCCAGGGACUUUCUCAAGGAGCUGGCUAAGGCUUACACUUACUACUUGGACUUGUUGAAUGCUCAGCUGCGACUGGCACGUGUCAUGGACGACUGCGAGUUGUGGCUCGAGAAGGCUCAGCUUUCAAUGGUCGCGCUGUUUUUGGUGUGUGUGAUGAAGUAUCCGUCCGAGAUGGUGUUAUUGCAAGAAGACGCCGUGAUCAUGGACCACGAAUUUCACGCCAAUGUCAUCGUGAUCAAGCAAGCUCUCGUUCGGCACGAAUUGCCUUCUCGGAUGUUUGACGCUCAAGGUCAAGAAGCGUGGAAGAUGUACUGGACUGCUGUCAAUUCAUUCUGUGAGAACAAGUGGCCCGAGCGUGUUAGCAAGGGCAAGUCACUAAAAAAGCUGUUGAGGCCAAGGACUGCUGGGGCUGUUGCAUCGGUUAUUGCCAGCAGCAGCGCUGGUGCAUGUCAGUUAAGCUCGACUGGGUCAAGUUCGUAA